AAUAGGUGGCGCCAACGAUUGUUUUGAAAAAUGUCAAGAAUUCUCCGAAAUAUCACGAAUAAAACUGGAAAAUGCAAAGCAGGCGAAGGUCAAAGCGGAUUGCGGCUUUAACCCAUACACCCUCCAGUCGUGCUUUUGAAGGGAAACUGGAAGAGCAACAUUAUAGCUCAAAACUCAUUAAAUCUUUAGGCAAUCAACAUCGGGCUCAAAUUUCCCCUCUGCAUCAUCAUGAUCAUGAUGAUGAUCAUCAUCAUUUGAACAACAAAGUGAACGUCCAGGACCCUCGACAAUGUCGGACUCGGCCGGCUCGGGCACAAGUCUUGCAGUCGAAAAAAAUUGUGUCUUUUUCACCAUGUAGUAUUGUUGUUGACGGUGAGGGGUUACGUACUGAAACCCCCCUGGCUGAACCCCAAGGGACUGACGGGUCAUUAGUUUGGCUCGAAGCAGGCAGCCAAAAUAUCAAUCUUGAACUUGGUCAUGGAAAUGGAAGUGCCAGAAAUCAAGACGUCGGACCUGUGAACACAGUCAUGCUCACGGGUCGGCACCUGCCCAGCAUGAACAAAGACAAAGCAGGCGUUGUGUUUGACCAACGUGAGACAUUGACAGCUGCUGAAGUUACUGUCAUUGCCAGGACGGAUCGCUGUGUAGUGGAUGAUGACAUGUUUGAAAGGGAAACCAUGAUCGACACAGAUGAUGGCGUGGAACAAUGGGAUUUGUACGACAAUGCUGAUUACACUAUACAUGAAGAUUAUAUGUCAAUGAAAAGCUGGAUUGCGCUCAUAUUCAUCCUGUUUACCAUAUCGUUACUGCAUUUUACUAUUUUCUUCCCCCACUUAUUUUCUGUCAGGAUUGACCAGUUCGAAGAUGACUAUACUGUUUACUUUAAGGAGAAAAAGGGCAUUUUGUUACUUGGAUUUAUUGGCUGUCUAUUAUCUGCCGCCCUGGUUGGCAGCUGCUGUGGUUGCUUCGCUUGGAUGGUGACGUAUUUUGACAGCUUGGAGCCUGGCAUUGUUCCACCAUCUCCACUAUCGCCAAGACCAAUCAAGUCGACGUCCAGCCACUCGUAUCACUUUGGUUACAUCAUGUCCGUCCUAAAUGGAUUUGCAAUGUUUCUUGCAACAGUCUGGUGGACGAGCGAUAAAUACCUGAUAGUCUAACUCUACAGUACAAAUGUAGGACUAGGAUUGUCCAGUGGAUAGAUAAUCCUGACUUCAGGAUACCUAGUACUUAGUCUGGUGGAUGUUUAUGAUGGAUGGAUACCUCACCGUCGGACUCCAGUAUAGUCCUAACUAAAAUCAAAGACAGGCCUGACUCUAGGAUAGUCCUGACUUUAGGAUGUAAAUGUACUUAGUAGUUAGUCAAGUAGAGAAGCGUUGCCAUUGGAUAGUCCUGACUCCAGGAUAGUCCUGACUAUGUGAUGUAAAUGUACUUAGUCCUUAGUCAAGUAGAGAAGUGUUGGAUAGUCCUGACUUCAGGAUAGUCCUUGCUCCAGGAUAGUCCUGACUCCAGGGGAUAGUCCUGACUCUGGGAUAGUCCUGAUUCCAGGAUAGUCCUGACUCUGGGAUAAUCCCGAUUUCAGGAUAGUCCUGACUCUGGGAUAGUCCUGAUUCCAGGAUAGUCCUGACUCUGGGAUAAUCCCGAUUUCAGGAUAGUCCUGACUCUGGGAUAAACCUGAUUCCAGGAUAGUCCUGACCCCAGGACAGUCCGGACUUCAGGAUAGUACUUGGUACCAAUAAGGGGUAAGGCAACCACGCUUGUCGAUUUCUGUUAGUACUUAGUAGUCUUGUUGGUAUUGAUAACGAUGGAUAUAUACUAAGCCGUAGGAAUUCCUUAAUAUUGCAAUGGAAUAGUUUGUUGUAAAUUUUGGAUGCAUUUUGCGUUUGCAUGUUUACAGGUUUGGACGAGAGGGUGAAAUUGAUCACUCUCAAUUUGAAAUUGGUGUGUGUGUGCAAGAAUCUGGUAUCCUACAAUUUGCUUAUUUCAAGAAAAAUGGAUCCAUUUUGCAUGUAAAAAGAUUGGUGCCAAUGAAUGUUGUGAUCAUCUGAUGGUCUAAUGCACUGGGCAAUGUGCUUACUGAGUUCUUGCAUGCAAUGAAACAGCUGUAUAUAGUCUAUUGCUUUUGAGGGCAUUUUCAAUGUCUCUGGACUGAAUGGUACCGCAUAAUGUUAUGCUUUGAUUUCAGUCGAUGGCGGGCAGUCUGAGCAACAAAAUGGUACUUAAAGAGUAAGUAGAUAGAGCCACACUGCUUUUCAUUUCUGUCGUCACAGCGAACAUUUAAAACCACCCAGAAACUUCUGUGCGGAUAUCAGGUCGUAUAUGACUUCUAUGGGUCCAUUGACGUUUGGCUGGCCAUUCCCGUCGAAAAAUCGCACUGGUCCAUGGAGGCCGCUAUUUACCUCGUAUGACGUCACAAACUUGUAUGUUACGUCUUUUGCGCUGAGUUGCGUAAAAUUCGCAAGUACCCGACCCGUUGGCAACACGAGGACGUCCUUCUUGGAUUUUACAUGGUAUGACAUCAUUUUCCAAAACAUGGCCGAUGUCUGUUUUUGGCGCCAAGAUAUUUGCCCCUUGAACGGCCGAUUUAAAUCUCUGAUAUAGGCCAUGUGGCAAUAUUUCGGCACAGAAAUUUGGUCAGUUGUGAUAUCGUGUUAAGUGUUAAUGUCUCCUGGGUUAACUGUAUUUCAAACAAUUUUAAAUGCUUUCUACUUACUCUUUAAAUAAUUUGAUACAAAUGUACUUGUAUCCAGACCAUCCACAAUGCCGCAGGAGUGGGCAUCUGUACGCAUUGAUAUUAUAUUGCAAUGUUGCUGUGUUUUUCUCCCACAAUCAUGAUGACUAUGAGGGCACAGUUAAGGCACAUGUUCAUGUACAUGUAUGUACACAUGAUGGAACACUAUCAAUCUGACAUGGACUGGUCAAGGCCUAUGUCCAGACAUUUGGAUAGGACAUGUACUUCAAAUGGGGACACAAAUAUGUCGCUGAUUUCAUGAAGUGAUCAAUCGGCAAAUUUUUCAUUUGAGAAAACUCCACUCGAAGAAUCUGCAGAUGUGGUUUGAAUGACUCUGUGCAUUUAUACAUAUGAAAGAGUAUAAUGACACGAAAUGCAUAAAUAGAGGGUAAAGAGUUAUAGAAUUGACAUUGGCUUUGAAAAUCACCAUGAUAACUGGUGUGUAAGUAGACAUGGCUAGUACAACUCAGAUGGCGCUGUUAUCUCAAUUUCAGAAAAAUUGCAGACUGGUCACUCUGUGAAAUCAUCAACGAACAGUGCCAGAUCACCAGAACAUUCAGUUACAAUUUGGUAGAAAAGUGCUUCUGGCUCUGUUCCAGGGUGGUGAACCUAGGACCCAUUUGUCGACCGACAAUGCUUGCAUGUAUGAUUCUUAAAGGGCUACGCCUUACGUACUAAGUAUAAAUUUCAACAUUGUCAUUGUGAAGACAGAUAUACAAAUACAGUGGAACCUCUCUUAGCGGAUACCUCUGUAUUAAGGACAACCUCUCUAUUAAGGACACUAGGUUUGGUCCCAAAUUGGUACUUUCCAUUCAAUUAGACCUCUCUAAUCAGGACACCUCUCUAUUAAGGACAGCAUUUGCCAGUCCCGAGGGUGUCCUUAAUAGAGAGGUUCUACUGUACUAUUCAUACCAAGUUUAAACAAAUAUGUAGUCAUAAUAACUGCACUACGGCAUUGUGUAUUAGUGGAUUUCUAUUUUACUGGACCACAAGUAAUUACAAACGGCAUACUCCUUUAAGGAAAAUCAUGAUUGUAGGCCUACCGAUGCUUGCAUACAUUGCUUCAAGGCAGUUCAGUAUGAUACAUUGUAUUGGAGAAUAUUUUCUGUGAAAAGGCGAUAGUAUUUUAUACAUACAAUUUGUAACAUGUCAAUGUUAGAUUUUUUGAAAACGUAGAUGACGUCAUUUGUUAGGUUCUCCUCCAAGCUUCUUAGUACAGUCGAAUCUGGUUAUAUGACAAAUUUCCGUGGUACCAGAAUAUAUAACUUUUUUUGUUAUGUAUUAGUUUAAAUUAAGAUGUAAAUGAGCGAUCAUGAAAAUUGGAAAUUGAAAUCUUUUAUGGUGGAACAUUCGUAAUAUUUGAUAACUUGAAAAACCAUGUAGAAUGUGUGAUCUCAGUCUCCAAUAUGUCUGACAUAUAUAAUUAGUUUAGACCUAAUUUAGAUUAGGACAGAUAUUGUAUUUACUAAGCCUAAUCCGGACAAUGAAUUAGCAUUAUUAUUAAUAUGUCUUGACAGAUUAAGCUAUUUUAUCUACAGGAACAAGUUCCACUUUGUCCUGGUUUGCUCAUUGUAUUUGUCAUGGUUAUAAAUCUGUGUUGUAAAGCCAGAAGUUGUCUCGGUGAAGUUAGACAUUGGGUGAUUUCAAAGUCAGUUUUUUAGAUUUAGUUUUAAAACUAAGUGGAACACUAAAACCCUUGAUUAAACCAGCAUUGAAAUGAAGUGGGUUUUAGUUUCAUCCUAUUUCAAAGUCGGUGUUAGUUGAUUUUAGCAUUAUGUCCGGUUUUAGCUUAAAACUAAGGGAUGGUUUUAGUGUCAAAAACUAACACCGGGACUAAAGCUAAAACUCUCCACAACACCAGAAAUGAAAUCAGUUCUGGUGUUAGUUUUGACACUCAGUUUUAGCAUUAUCCUAUUUCAAAUAAGGUUUUAUUUUCACACUGAAACCAGUUGGAACACCAAGGUCUGAUCUUAAUCCCAGCUCGGUGUUAUUUUUGGAAGAUUUGUAGUGCAUUUUGUAUUACCAAUAAAACUAACACCUUAGGCAUUAACACCGAGUGGAUUUCAAAGUUGGUGUUGGUGUUAAGAAAAAAAAAAUCAUGUUGUUCGUACCAUUUCAAGAAGUAGUUGCUGGUAUUUUGAACGCUGAUGGGAAUAAUGAUGUGAAAGAAGACGACCAAAUUUAUAUAGAUCGGAAGCGGUUACAAUAGUGAAACUACAGUAACAACGUGCAUGUUUGGUUUUUCCAAGGUUUUAUCUCUGUCCAUCUUGGUGUUAGUUUUACCUGGGGAAAAAAAACCUCUUCUUAGUUUCAGCCCAGGUUUUAGGUGUUUAGAUAAAACCAGGUGUUGGUGUUAAACUAAAACCUUGAAUUGGUCGUAUCCAGACAUAGUUUUUAGGGGCACUAACACCCAACACUAAAACCAAAACCAUCUUUGAAAUCACCCAUUGUAUAUGGUAUUCAGGUCUUGGACUCCAGCCUGUGAACACCAGAUUUGGACUUGCCAAUCUGUGACUGUAACUAUCCAUUAUAUAAAUGCCGUAUUUUGAAGAAUUUGGAAUAUACAAGAAGAAAGGAUCUCCAUCUUCAAGUUGUUUUUGAAGCUAGUUUUCCCCAUAAUAAAUCUAUAAAACCAGAUUUUCAUAAAAAGCUGUCAAUUAAUUAUGACCUGGUUUGGCUAGAGGGAAAAUAUUUCAAAUGUUAGAACAAACGAAAAACAGUUUUCAUUUUUUGCUCACCCGGUGAGCCUACAUGUAUGCAAUUACGUGGCCGCCACCGGUGCCCUAUGUUAGCGUGGCACAUUUCAUAACCGUUUGAGGUACACAUGUACCCUUGGGCCCUUGGGCAAUUCACACCAAAUUUAAUUCCAAAAUUAUUCUUUGGUUUGGCCACCAGGGGGCUUAAUGCAAAAACAUUAAACAUGCAAUAGGACCCGUGAUUUUGGUGGGAUUUUCAUGAAAUUUCUUUGGUAGAUACUCCGAGCAAAUAAACAUCACAUGUCAUACCAGUUUUUGAUUUGACCUACUUUUCAAGGUCACAGAGGUCAAAGUUCGCGGAAUCACCGAGAGGUGGCACGUUUCGUUUCUAUUUGAGCGAGAAGGUUCUAAACUUGAGGAAAUGUCUAGCGGCCAUCUUGAAAAUUAAACGAUGUCCUAUUACUCUGAAACUAAUAAUUGGAUUGCUACAAAAUUUCAGGUGAUUGUAUAUCUAUGAACUUUCUACAACAUCCCUGAUUUCAAAUCCAUCAACUAAUAUGGCUCCCAGACGGCCAUCUUUAAAAUUAAACAAAGUCCUAUUACUCCGAAACGAAUGAUCGGAUUGCCACCAAAUUUCAUGAGGUUAGGUAUCUUUGCACUCUUUACAAUAUCCUUAAUUUUCAGUCAAAUCUGUCAACCAAUAUUGCUGCAAGGCAGCCAUCUUGAAAAUUGAACAAAGUCCUAUUACUCCGAAACUAAUGGUCUGAUUGCAAGCAAAUUUCAUGUGAUUAUGUAUCUUUGCGCUCUUGACAAUGUCCCUAAUUUUCAGUCUAAUCCGAUGACAAAUAUGGCGCCAGGUCGCCAUCUUUAAACUUAAACAAAGUCAUAUUACUCUAAAACUAAUGAUCGGAUUGCAACCAAAUUUCAUGUGAUUAUGUAUCUAUGUAUUCUUAACAAUAUCCAAAUUUUUCAGUCAAAUCCGAUGACACAUAUGGCCGCCAUCUUGAAAUUUCAACGAAGUCGGGUUACUCCUAAACUGUUGAACAGAUGUCAACCAAUUUCAAUGUAACAUGUUAUUGUACACUCUACAAUAACCCUGAAUCUCGUUAACAACAUGGCCGCCAGGUGGCCCUCUUAAAAAUUCAAUGAAAUCUUUAAAUUCUCCAUACAAGUUGCGCACUACCACACCUCUUUCUCCAAGAUCGCAAAAUUGAUAUCAAUGACCAAAACUGUUCUCCCCAUCCACUGCAAAUGACAUGCAUUAACAUUACCCGAGGGGGGGGACAUGGUCCCUGGACCAUUUCAUUAGAUUUUAUGCCGAGUGUCGAGAAGUGGGCGUGUUUUUAAAUCAAGAACCUUGCGUCCAAAACAUGGUCGAAAGACACUUUACAUUGAGAAUCAUGUAACCCCUCUAUCAAGAUAUUUUAUGUACAUGUAUCGCAUGUAGGCCCCAUUUAAAAAACGUUAUUUAGUCAUCCCCGCCUGCAUUUCUUUUAUGCCUGCAUUCAAUUUUAAUCUUUUUUGUAAUUUCCAUAUGCAAUUACUAAUUUUGCAGCUGUUGCAAAUCAGAAUUGUUUCAUUAUUCAUAAAUUUUAUUCCUGGUGAAAUUCCCCUUCUGCGGAAACUGUCCGUUUUGGUUGAUUUUGAUGUGCACUUUAUUUUUUGAAUGAAGGAAAACACCCCGACAUAAAGUCUAGAGACAGCAUGCUGACCGUGUGUUAAUAUUGACUUGGUGCCAAAUACGCUAGCGGUUAGCAUAUGUUGCAUAUUGUUCUUAAUUGACCAAAAAUAUUUUUUUAAAGGCCCUCUCACCUCACUUGAAAAGUGAAAAGGAUGAUAAUAAACUAGACUGUUGUGUUAAAUCGUAUUAUUAUUUAUUAGUUGUUUGUACACAUAUCAAUGUUGUAAUUUGUUUGAAUAAAUGAUAAACUGUAUUAUA